AUGUCGGUCAACGCGACGAGCUUCAGCUCGCCCUUGGCAAAUGCCAAGUAUGCCGCCUCUGGCAUCCCAGCCCAGCUCGAGCCCGUCAUGGAAGCCAUCUCCCAGAUGGGCAUCUGGACCGUCGCUCUGACGAUCCUCGCCGUUGCCGUCGUCUAUGAUCAAUUCAGCUACAUCUGGCAAAAGGGAUCGAUUGUCGGCCCUGCCUGGAAAGCCCCCUUCAUUGGACCUUUCCUGCAGUCAAUGGACCCCAAGUUCGAGGAGUACUAUGCCAAAUGGACCAGCGGACCCCUGAGCUGUGUUUCCGUCUUCCACAAGUUCGUGGUUAUCGCUUCCACCCGUGAUAUGGCAAGGAAGAUCUUCAAUGCGCCCGCGUUCGUCAAGCCCUGUGUCGUCGACGUCGCCCCCAAGCUGCUCGGCGCUGACAACUGGGUCUUCCUGGACGGCAAGGCGCACGUUGACUUCCGCAAGGGUCUCAACGGUCUGUUCACGAGAAGGGCCCUGGAAUGCUAUCUGCCCGGCCAGGAGGAGGUGUACAAGACGUACUUCAAGCGCUUCCUCCAGAUCACCAAGGAUGCCGGUGGAAAGCCCGUGCCCUUCAUGCCCGAGAUGCGUGAGCUCAUGUGCGCCGUCUCCUGCCGCACCUUUGUCGGCUACUACAUCUCGGACGAGGCCGUGAAGAAGAUUGCCGACGACUACUAUCUCAUCACCGCUGCUCUGGAGCUGGUCAACUUCCCGAUCAUCAUCCCCUUCACCAAGACCUGGUAUGGAAAGAAGGCCGCCGACAUGGUCCUCGCCGAGUUCUCCAAGUGCGCCGCCAAGAGCAAGGUCCGUAUGGCCGCAGGCGGCGAGGUGACGUGCAUCAUGGACGGAUGGGUCAAGCAGAUUCUCGAGUCAAAGAAGUGGCGCGAGGCCGAGGAGAAGGGCAUCAAGGUCGAGGGCACCAAGCCGUCUCCCCUGUUGCGCGACUUCACCGACUACGAAAUCGCACAGACUGUCUUCACCUUCCUCUUUGCUUCUCAGGAUGCCACGAGCAGCGCCGCCACAUGGCUGUUCCAGAUCAUGGCUCAGCGCCCCGACGUUCUGGACCGUGUCCGCGAGGAGAACUACAAGACUCGCAAUGGCGACAUCCAUGCCCCUGUGACCAUGGAUCAGCUGGAGUCGAUGACAUAUACCCGCGCUGUCGUCAAGGAGCUUCUCCGCUACCGCCCUCCUGUCCUCAUGGUUCCGUAUAUGGCUAAGAAGGCCUUCCCCAUCACGGAGAACUAUACCGUCCCCAAGGGCGCCAUGGUUAUCCCCACGACAUACAUGGCUCUGCGUGAUCCGGAAGUGUACACCAACCCCGACGAGUUUGACCCUGAGCGCUACUACAGCGGCGACGCAGAGGUCAAGGGCGCCAAGAACUUCCUCGUUUUCGGUGUCGGACCUCACUACUGCCUGGGACAGCACUAUGCCCAGCUCAACCUGGCGUUGUUUGUUGGAAAGGCGUCGCUGCUCAUGGACUGGAAGCACCACCCCACGCCGAUCUCUGAGGAGAUCAAGGUCUUUGCUACCAUCUUCCCCAAGGAUGACUGCCCCCUCACCUUUGAAGAGAGGAAGUGGUGA